UCUUGGUUCCUGAAACGCAGGACCGAGUCAGAAAUGUCCGCCGCUCAGAUUCAGAUGCCUGGCUGGUAGAGAGUUGGAGCUGCGAAGGGCUGGAUAACAUCGUGGGCUUAGAGGGCCACCUCACCUGUCACAGCCGCUCUCUCUGCUGCUGUGGGGCGCAGACAGCUGCUGGUGACCCAUAGAGGAGCGUAGCUGUCUUCCCUUCGUUCGUCCAGACAAGUCUGAACCAAGUCCCUCUUGGGGCCAGGCUCAGCAAAUAGGAACCUGGAUGAGAGGGGCUCCCUCUGCUUAAUAUUCUUGCAGACCUGGAAGGCUGGGAGACGAGGCAGCAGGAAGCACACCUGCUCCUCCUCCUCACUACUAAGCCCCUGGAUCUCUGGCUUCUGGUUCCUUGCCUCCUCUUCUGCCUCUCUCCGUGCCUUCUGAACAUGACUUCCUUCCUGGCUCAGGAGGUGGUUAAUGAACACAGGCAGCCCCUGCCCAGGCUUCCUGAGUUCCGUCCCCCGCAGUCACCUGUGUUGCCCACCCUAUUGCACAGACGCCUCCUUCACACUGUCUCUGUUCCCGGGAUAAAAUUGCCAUAAAAGACCUGUCGAGCCAACAGGGCAUGGUGGUGUGCCCCUGUACGAUCCCAGCUCCUCGAGCCACAAGUUCAAGGCCAGUCUGCACAACGAAGCAAGACCCUGUCCCAGAAACACACACAACAGCUGGCACCCAGGGAGAACGCUCCAUUAUAAAUACCUAAUUUCUGAACUCACCUGGUCCUUUCCAGUGAUUAGAAAUCCUUUAUACAUCUCUACAUAUAUUAUCUCUAGUUGCUUCCCUUUUGUAAACUUCUGCCCUGCUCUGAAGCUCUGAGUGCCCUUUGUGGUCUGUGAGUCCCCAGAGUGGGCCUUUCCUUCAUUUUUACAAAGAAGAGGCUAUUGGACAAGGUCUUCCUCACUUUCUCUCUUCUCUUCCUUAAUUUCCCUGCAUUUGCGCCCUUCCUCAUUGGUUUGGGGUCGAGUGUCUUCCCCUCCCAAAGGCAGCCUUCUGUGUGUCAGUGAGGACUGCCCUUUUGCAUGGCAUCUCUUUCUUCUUUCCUGGCUCCUCUUUCACACUUCAUAUUUACAUCUCCCAUUUCUUAACUUCCACCCAGUUGUUCUGCGCUCACUAGUGACAUCACUGGGAGUGUCACCAUAGACCUGACAGACAUCUCCAUUCCAGGUGAAUUUCCAUUGCCUCUUCCUCCCGGGUGCUGGUUCAGCUCUUGGGUACCCUGAGGGCAGAGGUGGUGUGACAUUGGUCUUCCAGGCAGGGGACAGAGGAAUAUCAAGUCCUGUGCCCACCCAAUCACUGUACCCCAAGAGUCUCUCAGGAACUGUGGUGGACUCUUGAUUUACGAACUCAAUUUGUUCCCGAGGGCUGGCUGUAACUCAGGUUGGUCCUUUGAGGCUCCGGCUCCUCUGCACAGCCUUCAAAGCCUCUCCUGUACACAGGCGGAUCUCGGUGUCCUUAUGGAGCCUCUGGCCCGGGAUUUCUCAGUGAACCCCACACAGGAGAGGAUGUUGUAAUGCUCCUUCCAGAACUCUUCAGGUUGAAAUCUGUAUCUGAGAUCAUCUGGAAGCACAAGCAGCCGACAUUCAGGUCGUAAUUCAAGAUUGGUUGUAAGUUAAAACUAAAAUUCCAGUUGUAACCCAAGUUGUUCAUAUAUCAGGCUGGUCUUGGCUCGAGGGUCCAGUGUAUGACACAGGAAGCAAAAACAGAAAAAAAUCUGUGUUUUUCCUGAGCCCGAUGCCUUUCGUUGCAGUCCCACAAACCACCACCAUCCUCACUAAGGCUCAGCCCCGUCUUGUAAACAGGAGGACCCACCUCCUCCUGUCACCAGACAGAGUCCUAGUGGUAUGAGAGGAAGAGAUGUGACUCCCACACCUGCUAGAUAUCUCAAGUGCGAGUUUGUGCUCUCUAAAAUCAAAGAAUGAAUUCUAGGACCAUUGGAGGUAAAGUAUAGGAAAAUUUUAUUGAGAGAAAGAUAGCUUCUGUCUAAGAAGACAGAGGGGGACCAGAAUGUGGGUUGUCUGUCCACCCUGCUUCUUGAAGGUGUUUUAUGGGACAAAGCCAACAGGUGGAUCUUGGUGCCCCGCACAGGUGAUUGAUUGAUACCGAUUUAGAACACCAGUCCUGCUGUCCGUCCCUAAGGGAAGUACUUGGGUGUAGUAGUUUCUUUUACAGUGCUGGCCUUCAGUGAAUGUGUCUCCAUUGUUGGCUCCUGGAAGGCCUGCCCUAACUGCCUGCAAGAUACCUAAUGAACUUUACAAUCUUCGAUACUAGGAAGUCCCUAACGCUGAGAUAAGGAACCUAGCCACCCUACCCUAGGGUAGGUUUGCAGGUUCCCUGACUUCCCUCCAAAAAUUGAGGAUGGUGCACAAGAGGCAUGGGGUAUUUAUUAGAAAUUUCAGAGUCACAGUGAGAGAGCAAGCCUGUGGGCUGGAGAGAGUGGAGCCUUCGGGCCUGGUUCGGGGUGUGGGGCCCUAGCCGUCCCCAGGAGGGGCAUCUAGGAAGUGAGUUCGUCCUCUGCCUCCUACCUGCCUGGCCACUGAGAGCUGGAUCUGCUAAUGUCGCCACUGCCUUGAGCAGAGCUCAGUGAGAAGAGGCGGCCUCUCACGGGGGAAGGAGGUGCUGCCCGGGCUGCCCGCAGCUCAGAGAAGAGAGGAAAAAAGGUUCAGACUCUGCUUGUUUCCCGAAGUUGUAAUUUUUCUUAGAAGUGUGAUUUUAAAGUUAAGAAUUUCCCUGUGUGCUUUCUGCCAAUCUGUAUUUCCUUUAUCCUACCUCACCCUGACUGCAGUGUUUUUUCGUGCCUGUGUCCCAUGGAGGCCAUUCCUUUAUUCACACUUGUCCCUCCCCUGUUGCCUCGUCGCCUGGCUGAGUUGUGUCCCCCAUGCCGACCAUAGCGCCUCCAUGAAGGUCAGCUCAAAGUUCCCUUCUUCCACGGGGACUGUCACAGAUCUGCCACGGGCCUUCUCAUAGCCCAGUCCACGAUGGCAUUGGAGUCCCCACACCCGAAAGGCCACGAGAUCAGGACUGGUCACAGAAAGAUCGGUGACAGUUGGCCCAGGGGGCUCUGUCUUUCUUUCCAACCCCUGCCAUCUGAUCCGAGGAGGAGAGAAGGACUGGUCGUAUUUAUCAGUCAUUAAGAUGAAUUAAGAUGUGAGAUGGUCACUGUCACUUUGCCUGCUGGUUUGUGAAACUGCCGGAGGAUGACACCCUUCUGAGCCUGGAUGGCAGAAGGCACACAGCGCAUGCUUUUCAGUCCCUUCAUCUUCCAGGUCCAGGCCACAGUGUGGAGUUGUUCCACUGCAAGGAACCUGUGCUGUUAACUGUUCCUUUUCUUUCUGUCUUUGCGAUUCAAACUGAGGCAAGAGAGAGAACAUUUAAAAUGGAGAUUUACCCUGAAGAAGGUGCUGAAGGAAACUGAAAGGCAGGGUGGGGGAAGCUGAGUUAGCUCUGGGGUAAUUGGGAAGAAAAGUAAGAGAAAAAAAAAAAAGCGCUUCAAACAAUAGGGUUGAGUUGUACUGCAAGGAAACCACCGGUUUCAAAGGUGAAAGUGUCAUUUUACAGUCUCCAGGAAAGCCCGCCAGGAAGUGUUUGCUCUAAAUCCUAAUUUGGGUGUGUUCCUGUGGAACUGUUGAACCCCUCCUAAGGGAAACAGAAACUUAAUCACGCAGGAAGUCAGACACUUAAAACCGGUGCAGCUCAGCAGCGUGGCUACAAGUGACUGGCGUGUGGGCAGAGAGCAGACCUGGGCCUCCGCAGAAAGCGAGUCUGCCCUCCCCUGCCAGCAUGCGAGCCCGGCGGCUGCCUGUGGACAUUCAGAUUUUCUAUUAUGCUGCGCCUGACCAGGAGCCCUUUGUGAAGAUCAUCACCGUCGAGGAGGCCAAGCGCAGGAAGAGCGCGUGCAGCUACUGCGAGGACGGGGACGAGGAGGAGGGGGAGGGGCUGCCCGUGCUGCAGCCCCACAGCGCGCUGCUGGAGACCGCGCACGUGGAGCAGCUGGCACGACGCCUCCCAGCACGGGUGCAAGGCUACCCUUGGAGACUGGCCUACAGCACGCUGGAGCACGGGACCAGCCUGAAGACACUCUACCGGAAGUCGGCGUCGCUGGACAGUCCGGUGCUGCUGGUCAUCAAGGACAUGGAUAACCAGAUCUUUGGAGCAUACGCAACUCAUCCGUUCAAGUUCAGUGACCACUAUUAUGGCACCGGAGAGACUUUUCUCUACACGUUUAGCCCCAACUUCAAGGUCUUUAAGUGGAGUGGAGAAAACUCGUAUUUUAUCAAUGGAGACAUAACUUCUUUAGAACUUGGCGGUGGAGGGGGACGAUUUGGUUUAUGGCUAGAUGCUGAUUUAUACCAUGGACGAAGCAACUCUUGCAGCACUUUCAAUAAUGAUAUUCUUUCCAAAAAGGAAGACUUCAUAGUUCAGGACCUCGAGGUAUGGACAUUUGAGUGAACCUCCGUCUGCCUUAAACUGUCACGUGAAAAAGACUGGGUUGGCUCAGUCCUCCUGAUGCUGGCCGGAAGAUGAAGAAGGUCCGGCCCCUGCCGCCUCAUCCGACCACAAUGCUUUCUUUCUGCCAUCAGCUCUGAGCAUGAUCACCUUGCAGAAAGACCCCGAAAGGUACGUGUGGAGGGCAGACGCUGGAGAAAGACCUCUGAUGGCCAGAUUGCUGAGAAAAGACUUUGUACUUCACUGCUUCCAAAUCCACACCGUGAAGAAUCAAAGUGUUUAUAGAUGUAUCAGUUGAAUGCAAUUUUUAUUUUUGGUAACUGUGAAAAAAAAAGAUACUGUGGAAAUAUAUACAUGCCUUGUGUAUUUAUCAGCAUAAUUUUCGUUACUAAAAUGUACAGCUGUUAUUUGUCAUGGAAAAGGUUCGUCUCAUUUAGAAAAAUCGAAAGGAAAUAGCACUUAAAGGGAAUGUAUGAUUUUUAAAAUUGUUUUAUUUAUUUCUUGUAUUUUGUCUGAAAUGUGUUAGGUUUUUUUCUUUUUAAUAUGUCAAAUCUUGAGAUAAAGAAGUAUAUACAUUUUGUGCUAUGUUUGGGGAACACCUUUGUUUGAUUUAUAUAGUUUUAUAAUGAAUUUUUUUUGCCCUG